GCGUGUAAGCCCUUGUCGACAUCCGACACCGUCUUCUGAGAAGCGAAGUUCUACGCAACCGGAUUUUGCAGAAGCCACCAACAGCUCAGCGGUCAGCUUUUCGCAUGAAUGGCCAUUUCUACCUUUGAAGCGCCUCGCCGAUCAAACGGUCUGCCGCGCCUACCAAGCGACAUAGACAACGCAGUCGCGGCCUUGGGCGGGAGAACCCACGCAACCGACCUCGCAAACAGUACCAUACAGUCUCAGAAGGCACCAGUCAGUAAGGAACAACGUCUGGAAGAACUUGUGAGAGACUCCGGCCGCCUCAGGCAAGAACUUGACUAUUGGAAAAGCUUGGCUCUCACAGGAACCGCCUUGAUGUCCGACGUCGAACAAGUUGUGGUACAGCUUCGAGAUGUUUUCAGCCGUUUCGAGAGCGUCAUGAAUGAAACAAAUACUAUGCCUGCGGAGGAGAGAUUGGCCUCUGGCCAUCCGUCCGAAUCUCGACAGAGGGAAGACGUGGAGGUGCAGAUUGGAGAUGAGCCAGACUCGCCAGGAGUAGAGGAUGACCUCGACGUGCUCUUGGCUCCAGUCAGGCGUGGUCGAGAAGGCUAUGACUUUGAGGCCGUCAAGCCGGAGUUGAAGCGGAAGCAGCCACCAUACAAUCCCGGAGGUUGGCUCUGAUAUGGAGCGCACAUGGUCUCCACCGGGAUUCGCCGAGUCCAUGUUUAUCGUGUGAUAUCAUAGAGAGAUAUAGAGAUUUCAUGCCCCUGCACAUAACUGUACAUAUCACCGCUGUCAUUAAUGUGAAUAACUUCUGUCAUC